GGUGAUCGCUCUGCUUUCCCUGCUUCCUUCCCGCCUCCUUACCCCCACUUAACUUUUUGUCUUCACUCGCCUGCAGCUCUGUUCCCUCCUCGAAAACCCACCCGCGGCUGUGCCAACCGCCUGGGGCAUGGGCCCUCCAACACGGCUCCUGGAGGCCCCGCGGCGCCGCAAGAUGUGAGAGGCCCGAGUGGGGCAGAGCCAAAGCUUCGGGAGAGGAGCUGAUAGCCCCCAGCCUCCUCAGGCCAGGAGUGGUGGCGGUGUGCGCUGCACCCCCGCGGUGCUGAACGUCCCGGAGCGCCCAACCCGGGGCCGGAACGAGUAGCUGGCCCGAGACGCGCCGCGGAGAGCAGGCUGACAUGCCCUAUUGAUUCCCCCACCCCCUGCCAAGUAUGUUUGGGCUGGACCAAUUCGAGCCCCAGAUCAACAGCAGGAACGCUGGCCAGGGCGAGAGGAACUUUAACGAGGCCGGACUAAGCAUGAACACCCACUUUAAGGCCCCGGCUUUCCAUGCCGGGGGACCCCCUGGCCCCGUGGACCCUGCAAUGAGCGCGCUGGGCGAGCCCCCGAUCUUGGGCAUGAACAUGGAGCCUUACGGCUUCCACGCGCGCGGCCACUCGGAAUUGCACGCGGGGGGGCUGCAGGCACAGCCGGUGCACGGGUUCUUUGGAGGCCAGCAGCCUCACCACGGCCACCCGGGAGGUCACCACCCCCACCAACAUCACCCUCACUUUGGGGGCAACUUUGGUGGCCCGGACCCGGGGGCCUCGUGCCUGCACGGGGGUCGCCUGCUCGGCUACGGCGGCGCCGGCGGCGGCCUGGGCAGUCAGCCGCCCUUCGCCGAGGGUUAUGAUCACAUGGCGGAGAGCCAGGGGCCUGAGAGCUUCGGUCCGCAACGACCCGGGAACCUCCCGGACUUUCACAGUUCAGGCGCCUCGGGCCACGCCGUGCCUGCGCCGUGCUUGCCGCUGGACCAGAGCCCUAACCGAGCCGCCUCCUUUCACGGCCUGCCUGCCUCCAGCGGCUCUGAUUCCCACAGUCUGGAGAACCGGAGGGUGACGAACCAAGGAGCCGUCGACUCGCUGGAAUACAAUUACCCGGGCGAGGCGCCCUCGGGACAUUUCGACUUGUUUUCGCCCUCCGAUUCUGAGGGGCAGCUGCCUCAUUAUGCAGCGGGUCGCCAGGUUCCCGGGGGCUCUUUCCCGGGUGCCUCGGCCAUGCCCAGAGCUGCAGGCAUGGUGGGCUUGUCCAAAAUGCACGCCCAGCAGCAGCAGCAGCAGCAGCAGCAGCAACAGCAGCAACAGCAGCAACAGCAGCAGCACGGCGUGUUCUUCGAGAGGUUCGGUGGGGCCCGUAAGAUGCCCGUGGGCUUGGAGCCCGGAGUAGGCUCAAGGCAUCCAUUAAUGCAGCCUCCCCAGCAGGCCCCGCCGCCCCCUCAGCCGCAGCCCCCGCCGCAGACUCAGCAACCUCAGCAGCCGCAGCAGCAGCAGCCUCCGCCGCCCGGGCUUCUGGUCCGACAAAAUUCGUGUCCUCCUGCGCUCCCGCGGCCCCAGCAGGGCGAGGCGGGCACGCCCAGCGGCAGCCUGCAGGAUGGGGGCCCCAUGCUGCCCAGUCAACACGCGCAGUUCGAGUACCCCAUCCACAGGCUGGAGAACCGGAGCAUGCACCCUUAUUCUGAGCCUGUGUUCAACAUGCAGCAUCCCCCUCCGCAGCAGGCGCCCAACCAGCGGCUGCAGCAUUUCGACGCACCCCCCUACAUGAAUGUGGCCAAGAGGCCGCGCUUUGACUUCCCGGGCAGCGCGGGAGUGGACCGCUGCGCUUCGUGGAACGGCAGCAUGCACAACGGCUCUCUGGACAACCACCUCUCGCCCUCCGCCUAUUCGGGCCUACCCGGCGAGUUCACGCCGCCGGUGCCUGACAGCUUCCCCUCAGGGCCACCUCUGCAGCAUCCCGCCCCGGACCACCAGUCCCUGCAGCAGCAGCAGCAGCAGCAGCAGCAACAGCAGCAGCAGCAGCAGCGUCAAAACGCGGCCCUCAUGAUUAAACAGAUGGCGUCGCGGAAUCAGCAGCAGCGGCUGCGCCAACCCAACCUGGCCCAGCUAGGCCACCCCGGGGACGUGGGCCAGGGUGGCCUGGUGCACGGCGGCCCGGUGGGCGGUUUGGCCCAGCCGAACUUCGAGCGCGAAAGCGGCAGCACGGGCGCGGGGCGCCUGGGCACCUUCGAGCAGCAGGCGCCGCACUUGGCGCAAGAGAGUGCCUGGUUCCCAAGUCCUCACCCGCCACCGGGUGACCUGCUGCCCCGCAGGAUGGGCGGCUCGGGCCUGCCCACUGACUGCGGCCCGCACGACCCCGGGCUGGCGCCACCUCCUCCGCCCGGUGGCUCAGGGGUGCUGUUCCGGGGCCCUCUGCAGGAGCCGCUGAGGAUGCCCGGAGAGGGCCACGUGCCCGCGCUGCCCUCCCCUGGCCUGCAAUUCGGGGGUAGCCUGGCCGGCCUGGGCCAAUUGCAGUCACCAGGGGCUGGAGUGGGGCUGCCUAGCGCUCCCUCGGAGCGUCGGCCCCCGCCUCCGGAUUUCACGGCGCCCGCGCUCGGGGGCCAGCCUGGCUUCCCGUUUGGCGCAGCAAACCGGCAGGCCACGCCGCACAGCGGCCCAGGCGUGAACUCGCCCCCGAGCGCAGGCGGGGGCGGCGGCAGCACGGGCGGCGGCGGCGGCGGGGGCGCAUACCCGCCGCAGCCUGAUUUCCAGUCCAGCCAGCGCACCUCGGCCAGUAAACUGGGCGCGCUCUCGCUGGGCUCCUUCAACAAGCCCAGCUCCAAGGACAACCUGUUCGGCCAGAGCUGCCUGGCUGCGCUCUCCACCGCCUGCCAGAACAUGAUAGCCAGCCUCGGGGCCCCCAACCUCAACGUGACCUUCAACAAGAAGAACCCGCCUGAGGGGAAGAGGAAACUGAGCCAGAACGAGACCGAUGGCGCGGCCGUCGCGGGCAACCCGGGCUCGGAUUACUUCCCCGGAGGAACUGCUCCUGGGGCCCCAGGGCCCGGAGGCCCGUCGGGGACCAGUAGCAGUGGCUCCAAAACCUCGGGGCCUCCCAACCCUCCCGCCCAGGGGGACGGCACCAGCCUCUCCCCCAACUACACCCUGGAAUCAACGUCGGGGAACGACGGCAAGCCGGUCCCCGGGGGCGGUGGCCGGGGACGGGGUCGCAGAAAAAGGGACAGUGGUCACGUGAGCCCCGGGACCUUCUUCGACAAGUACUCCGCAGCGCCGGACAGCGGGGGCGCGCCCGGGGUAAGCCCAGGGCAGCCACAAGCACCGGGCGCAGCCGUCGGGGGAAGCUCUACGGGUGAGGCACGCGGGGCACCCACGCCUCACGAGAAAGCGCUAACCUCACCGUCGUGGGGGAAGGGCGCCGAGUUGCUUCUGGGGGACCAGCCGGACCUCAUGGCGUCCCUGGAUGGCGGAGCCAAGUCGGACGGUAGUUCCCCACACGUGGGCGAGUUCGCCUCAGAUGAGGUGAGCACAAGCUACGCCAAUGAGGACGAGGUGUCAUCCAGCUCUGACAACCCCCCUGCCCUGGCCAAAGCGAGUAGGAGCCCCAUGGUGACAGGCUCGCCCAAACUCCCUCCCCGGGGGGUGGGCGCAGGGGAACACGGACCGAAGGCGCCCCCGCCCCCCCUUGGCCUAGGCAUCAUGUCUACCUCUACCUCGACCCCUGACAGCUACGGCAGCGGCGGGGGCGCUGGCCAUCCGGGCACGCCUGGCCUGGAGCAGGUCCGGACCCCUACGAGCAGCAGCGGCGCACCCCCACCCGACGAGAUUCACCCCCUGGAGAUCCUCCAGGCCCAGAUCCAGCUGCAGAGGCAGCAGUUCAGCAUCUCGGAAGACCAGCCCCUGGGGAUCAAGGGAGGCAAGAAGGGUGAGUGUGCUGUGGGGGUCUCAAGCGCGCAGAAUGGAGACGGCGAGCUGGGCAGCUGCUGCUCCGAGGCUGUCAAGAGCGCCAUGAGCACCAUCGACCUGGACUCCCUGAUGGCAGAGCACAGCGCCACCUGGUACAUGCCGGCUGACAAGACCUUGGUGGACGGCACAGACGACGACAAGACGCUGGCGCCCUGGGAGAAGGCCAAACCCCAGAACCCCAACAGCAAAGAAGCCCACGACCUCCCCGCGAACAAGGCCUCAGCAGCCCAGCCCGGCAGCCACUUGCAGUGCCUGUCUGUCCACUGCACAGACGACGUGGGUGAUGCCAAGGCCCGAGCCUCCGUGCCCACCUGGCGGUCCCUGCACUCUGAUAUUUCCAACAGAUUCGGGACAUUCGUGGCCGCCCUAACUUGAAU